UCUCAACAUCAUAAUUACACUUCUACCAAAAAUUCAUUCCAAGAUAUGUGCUGCAUUUUUAAUCCUUUUUUUGUGAAUUUAAUUGUUUUUGAUAGGUUGAAUUCAAUACAAUAAUUUUCCAGUUUCAAAUUCAAAUAUUCUAAGUUUAAAUGUUACCACCUAACGUAAAAUAUUAUCUCAACAGGACAGCAACUUUCAGCCUCAUGUCCGCUAUUUUGAAUGACUCCCUAAAGCAGAUGAACCUGUCUCUUAUGGAGAUCUAUUCCCAUGCUGAGGGUCUUUUUAUGACUGGAAGUUCUACUGAGGAUGUUGCCCAAAACCUGCUGGUUGCAGCUUUGACCAAGAUGCAGGAUUUUGUGCAGCUCUGCACAUUGUCUGACUGGUUAAGUGGCACUCAAGGUUUUCCCAUCAACAAUCACGAAGAACUGGAGAUGUUGCCCUCUGUCACAACUGCAGCAGUGGGAGUUAUUGUUGAAAAUAUGCUGAAUGUCUGCAGUGAGGGAACAUCGUGUGAUUUUAAUGAAUAUGGCUCAGACAGGCCCCUGUGGUACUUCCUACAGACUGUGUGUGAUAACAUCAACUCUGCCACACCAAGGCAGCCCACUCAUGGUGCUUAUUGCAGUAUGGCAAACGAACAACUUUCCAUUGUACAGCAAGCUAAUUCUAGCACAAAACAAUGUCAUACCGUGGGUGUCGCCCCGUAUGACCCAACGAAACUGCUCAGGAUUGUGCCAACUUAUUUGUCAUAUGAGGGCUCAUCUGAUGAAAGUUUGACCUAACUUUGGGCAAAAAUCAUCAACAUCAGUAUAAAAAUGUAUAAAAAUGAGUUUUCUUUGUUUGUUAGACAUUCUCUGGAGGGAGCCUCAACAGUGCAUGCUAAGGGCGCUCAAAACCGCUUAAAAUUUUGUUUGUUUG